CUGACCACAGAAUGACAGAAUUGAAAAAAAACAUGGGUGCUCUAUAAAACAAAACCAUUGUGAAACUGAAACCAAAGAAGAGAAAUAGAUUUUUUUUGCUGGACACAGAAAAAGACGAAACUAGCCUCUUCUUGCAACUUGCACUUUCCUCUUCUUACUGUCCCCAGAAAAAACAAGAACAAACAAAGGACACAAUCUUGUCUCUUGAGAGUUGAAUCUAAUGGGAAAGAAGUGUGAUUUAUGCGAAGGUGUUGCGAGAAUGUACUGCGAGUCAGAUCAGGCGAGUCUAUGCUGGCACUGCGACGCUAAAGUUCACGGCGCUAACUUCCUCGUCGCUAAGCACGCGCGAUGUCUUCUCUGCAGCGCCUGCCAGUCACCCACGCCGUGGAAAGCCACGGGGCUUCGCCUCGGCCCCACCUUCUCCGUCUGCGACUCUUGCGUCGCUCUUAAAUCCGCGGCCGGCGGUAGAGACGGCGUAAGCAGCACUGAGAGGAUUCAGACGGAGAGUCCUGGCCAGGAGAUCAAUGGUUUCGAUAAUGACGACGGCGCGGAGUCUUACGAUGAUGAUGAGGACGAAAAUGAAGACGAGGAGUACAGUGAUGAUGAUGAAAAUGAAGAUGAUGAGGAAGAAGCUGAAAAUCAAGUUGUCCCGUGGGCUGCGGCGGGGCAACCGCUUCCUGUAGUGAGUUCAUCAUCGUCUGACGGUGGAGGCGGAGGUCCGGUGGCGAAGAGGAAGAGGGAAUGUUACGAUGAGGAGAUCGGAUGCUCUUCAGCUCAAGAGUCAAACUGUUCUCGGCCGUUGAAGCGACCGACAAGAGAGGAACCAGUGUUCAAAUCAACGGCUGCGGUUAACUCUAUCAUCAGAUUAGAAGGAGAGAGUCUCCGAAACAUUGAACGACGCCGUUGAUAUUCAUCUUCUUCGUCGUUGUUUUCUCUGUUCUUUGCCAUUUCCAAAACGAGGAGAGAUCUCAGCCGUUGAUUCUCUCCUCUUUCUCUUUGGGUAAAAUCACCACCGUUCGUUUCUUCUAACGAAAGACUUGUUUUAGUGAUGAGGUAGUUCAUUUUUUGUAAUUUUAAAUGUUUGUAUUUGAAUAUCAUUUUCUGAUUUUGUUUAUCUAAGUAAUUAAUUUGGAUUCUUAUGUAUUGAAAUGGUUAUUAUUAGA